CCCGGGCCGCGCCGCUCGGUCCCGGGCGAGUCAGGCGGCUCCGCCCCUCGAGGCAGCCACCCACGACCUUAGAGCGGGAGGACGCCAAGCAGGGUGGCGCGGGCUGUGACCGGGAGAGCUGCCUCCUGAAGAUGCAGGAUGGCAGCAGAGCCGCAGUCCAGCCUGUCUUACCGCACCACGGGCUCCACCUGUCUGCACCCGCUCAGCGAACUCCUGGGCAUCCCGCUGGACCAGGUGAAUUUUGUGGCAUGCCAGCUCUUUGCUUUGUUUGCUGCUUUCUGGUUUCGCAUCUUCUUAAGUCCUGGUAAAGCCAGCCCUGAAGUCCGACAUGCCUUUGCCACCAUUUUUGGCAUCUCUUUUGUCAUCUUUUGUUUUGGCUGGUACUCCAUACAUCUUUUUGUGCUGGUAUUAAUGUGCUAUGGGAUCAUGAUCACUGCAAGUAUAUCCAAUAUUCACAGAUACUCCUUUUUUGUAGCAAUGGGAUAUCUUACGUUAUGCCACAUCAGUCGAAUAUACAUAUUCCACUAUGGAAUUCUCACUACAGAUUUUUCUGGGCCUCUAAUGAUUGUCACUCAGAAGAUCACAACCUUGGCAUUCCAAGUACACGAUGGAUUGGGUCGAAGAGCUGAAGACCUGUCUCCUGAGCAACAUCAACUUGCCAUAAGAGUGAAACCCUCCUUGUUGGAAUACUUAAGCUACCUUCUCAAUUUCAUGAGUAUAAUAGCUGGCCCUUGUAACAAUUUUAAGGACUACCUCGCCUUUAUUGAAGGAAGACAUACACACAUGAAGUUGUUGGAAGUGAACUGGAAGCCAGAGGGUUUCCACGGCCUGCCAGAUCCUUCUCCCACUGGAGCUGUGAUACACAAGUUAUGCCUCACCUUGGUGUCUCUCCUUUUGUUUUUGACGCUCACGAAGACCUUCCCUGUCACCUGUCUUGUUGAUGACUGGUUUAUCCAUAAAGCAAACUUUCUGACACGACUCUGCUACUUAUAUAUUGUCAUGCAAGCUUCAAAGCCCAAGUAUUACUUUGCAUGGACAUUAGCUGACGCAGUGAAUAAUGCAGCUGGCUUUGGGUUCAGCGGAGUGGAUAAGAAUGGAAAUUUCUCUUGGGAUCUGCUUUCUAAUCUAAACAUCUGGAAAAUUGAGACUGCCACAAGUUUCAAAAUGUACGUGGAAAACUGGAAUAUUCAGACAGCUGCUUGGCUAAAGCGUGUAUGCUAUGAGCGGGUUCCAUGGUACCCCACGGUGCUGACCUUCAUCCUGUCUGCUUUGUGGCAUGGUGUCUACCCUGGAUAUUAUUUUACCUUCUUAACUGGAAUCCUUGUCACACUAGCGGCCAGAGCGGUGAGAAACAACUACAGACAUUACUUCCUUUCUUCGAAAGCUCUCAAGUUUGUCUAUGAUGCAGUUACCUGGGCCGUUACUCAGCUGGUCGUCUCCUACACAGCCGCGCCCUUUGUUUUGUUGGCAGUUGAACCAACCAUCAGCCUAUACAAGAAAAACAGAAGCAGGAGGGUGUGUAGACUCAAAAAAGCAUGCAUGUUGGAGAAACGGAAGACACAAAUUACCCUUUUACGCAGUGCUUUGACGUUGCGAAAGGGCAAGCCACAGUCUAGGAAAUAAAACAAAAAAGACGAACAACAGCACUGACAAAAUGCCAUUCUAAAUGCUGAGAAAGUAAGUGAUCCCAUUUGAGGGUGGGGAAAAGACCUCGGCAUGUAAUAAAUAGGCUUCACAUGCCAGGCACUUCCUAUGUUAUUUCAUGUAGUCUUUAUAACAAUUUUAUGAGACAGACAUUAAUGUAACCAUUUUACAGAUGAAGAAACUGAGUCUUGAGAGGUUAACAUUAUUUUGGGUCUCA